AUGUUGAGCGUUGUGUUUCGUAAGUUGCCACGAUCGUUUUCCUCCAUAUCAACCAGAACACUCACUUCAUCGGUAAAACCGGCCUCCACCCCCGGAACCAGUACCGACGAAAUCAGUACCGAUUUGGAUGUGACUCGCCUGAACCGUCCAUCCAAGGUUCCUCAGAAACCUUACAUCUCUGAGAUCGAUAAACGCCAGCGGGCGAACCAGCCGUCCCGAAUUACCGUGGACGAACAGACGGUACAGCUGCUGGAACGGCUGUCGCUGGUCGAUUUGGACAGCAAGGAGGCGCAUCGAACACUGGAGGAUUCAAUAGAGUUCGCGUCGCGUAUUUUGACGAUUGAUACGGAGGGAGUGGAGCCAUUGUACACUGUCUUGGAGGAUCAAAAGCUUGCCUUGCGGGAGGACGUCGUUACGGACGGGAACAUCCAGGAAGAUGUAUUGAAAAACGCACGGCUUACCGAGGAAGAAUACUUUGUGGCUCCACCCGGAAAUAUUCCCUUGGAGCAGGAUUCCAGUGGGAAACAUAAGGUGUAA